CGAAAUUGCCUGUAUAUGAAAUAUCGCCAUCUGACGAGAAUUUGUAGAAGUAGAAAGGAAUUACCUGUCAGGUAUCGCCCCAGGAAGUUUCUUUGUUCGAUCGAACGAGGCGGGAUGCCUUAUACUCUCGAUAUUGGUAAGAAAAGAAGUUUCUUCAAGCGUCGACCCUUCUUUCAAAAUGCCAUCGUAACAGAUCUUCAGAAUGGUAGCUACAUCGCUAGUAUAUUUGCUAUUUUCGAGAGCGUAUUCGUUUUACUCCAGACAGUAUUCGAUGCUUAUAUCUUAAUCGAAGCAGAACCUGGGACAAUUCACUAUAGAUACUUUGGGAUUAACUUUCUGUUUGUUUACAGUGGAAAUCGUCACGUAAGGAAUAUUCUUCUUUUUAUAUGCGUAGUCACCUUCCUUCUAUAUCUAAGUCUCUUGGUGACAUCCGUCAUUCUCAUGAAUGCGCUCAGAAAGGAGAAAGAAAAGAAAUUUCAAUCGUGGUUAACUUGCAUUGUAGUUUGUACCGUUUGGACCUUACUCGCCAUUACUUUCCGUUCUGUUGCUAAUGAUCUAUAUUAUAGUUAUCAUCAAGCAAUUUUGGUUAUCUUCAUAAUUAUCCUGAUUUUAAAUACUUUCUUUGGAUUGGUUGUCUACUCAAAUUAUCAAGAAUUGGAAGAUAUAACUAGAUUAGAAGAUAUGGCGAGACUCAAGACGAGUACCUUCAGUAGUUUGUCAACAUCCCGCAGUCUGUCUCAUUGCUCCAUUGAUAUUCUAAAGACAUCACUCACUACCCCAUCCAUGGGCUCCACUUCAACAGCAUCUGUGUAAAUCCAUUCAUUUCCACAGUGAAUAAUAACUGACUAGAAGCCUUUUUUUUUUCUUUCUUCUUUCUUUUAUCAAUGCUAAAUAUUUUUUGAAAUUUUUGUAUGUAAGAAUUUUUUAAAAUAUUUUUUGUGCUUAUUGUUAGACUUAAGCACUAGAAUUUAUACACGUUUUUAUAUAUUAAAAACCUUUUAAAAAGCUG